AUGCCCAAGUUUUGUGCUAAAAACCGCUGUCCAUGGGGCGGCGCGAUGGUGACAGGUCUAGAUCAUGGUUGGAGUGCACUGUCCUUUUUUCUGGAACAGCGAAUUAACAUAAGAUGCCACAUUUCGAAAAAAUACUCGAGGUUCUCCACAAUAGAAAUCGAACCCCCUCACGAUGAAUUCGCAGCCCUCAAUCUUUUAUUGGCUACAGCGGACAAUGAGAGCCCUUGA